AUGUAUCUAAUUCUGAAGGUGCUGAUUUUCUCAUUUAUAGUGUUUAGAGGAGGUAGUGAUUCUGAGGAGCUAGUGGAUGAGUUGAACUUGUUCAGAUAUGAUGACUUGAACAAGCUGCUUCUUGGAGACUAUGCAUCAAAUAAGAAAGCAGAGGAACCAAGUCAAAUUUCUAGUAAGUUCAAAACUUUGGAUACUGAUAAUGGAUUUCCUGAUGGGCAAAAUCUCAUCAGAGAUGCUGCUUCUCAACUUGAUAAGCCAUUUUUUAUUGGCUAUAGUGAUUUAAUUCUUUUUGUUAUCUCUGCCAAUCGACCGUUGACUGAAAGUGAGGUUACUUUUCUUCGCUACGUUCAACAAUGGAAGAAAAGAGUUGUGUUUGUGCUGAAUAAGUCUGAUCUUUAUCAAAAUGCAGAAGAGGUCGAAAUCAUAUUUUUCAACUGA